ACAUUUUGCAUGUCAACAAGAACUUCCAAAUGAGUUGAAUGAGACAACCAAGUCAGACAGGAGAAAGUACAGAUAUAUAUAUACAAACAAAUAUACUUAUGUAUGUAUGUGUAUGUAUGAGGAUCUGUACAACCAGCACAUUUUUACCAGAAUCUUGGUAGGAAAAACAGUUACCUUAAUCAUGAAUUUAAGCUGCUCAAAACCACCAUAAAAAUAAUUCUGGCAUUUUGUGUAAAGGAUUUUGUUUUAUUGGUCUACUGUUCACAGUAACUAUUUUGGAUUUGUAGUGUAUCAUUAUGAAUAAUAUGAUGAAUAAUACCAACAUGGCAGCUACUGAACAAGUUUUCAACCUUAGGCGGUCUUUCCAGAGUGGAAUUACCAAGCAUAUAGACUGGCGCCAUAAGCAACUGAAGGCCAUGCUAUUAAUGUUUGAGGAGAAUAGAAUUCUUUUCGUUGAAGCUCUGAAAAAUGACUUGUAUAAAGACCCAUUUGAAAGUCUUUUGAUGGAAAUUGACUUCAUUUGUAAUGAAAUUAUCUACACUUUGAACAACUUUGAAUCAUGGGUAUCACCUGUAAAGGUCUCCAAAGAUUUCCCUAAUCUUGCUGAUGACUGUUUUAUCAAGAAAGAACCAUUUGGUGUGAUCUUGGUGAUUGCACCAUGGAAUUACCCAAUUCAAUUACUUUUCUCUCCCUUAAUUGGAAUAUUAGCUGCAGGAAACUGUGCAAUGUUAAAACCAUCAGAAUUUGCUCCACAAACAAGUCAACUGAUAGAAACCCUUAUACCUAGAUAUAUGGACACAGAAUGUAUAUGUGUGUAUCCUGGAGGUACUGAAGAGCUCACAGACCUACUGGAUCAGAGAUUUGAUCAUAUCUUCUUUGCUGGAAGUUCAAGCUUUGGUCGGGCUGUUAUGGCUGCUGCAUCAAAAUUCCUCACACCUGUUACCUUACAGCUGAGUAGCAAAUGCCCUGUUUAUGUGGAUGAAAACUGUAACUUAGAAGUUGUAGCACAAAGGAUCAUUUGGGGAAAACUUAUCAAUGUUGGACAAAACUGUGUUGCUCCAGACUACGUCAUAUGUAACUUUGAGAUCCAGGACCUUUUGUUUGAAAGAAUGCAAAUGGCAAUUCAAAAAUUUUAUGGUAAUGAAAUCAAUGGCUCAGAGUUUUAUGGGAAAAUUGCCAAUGAACAACAAUAUCAACGGCUCAAAAACCUUUUGAUGCGCCAACAACCAACUUAUGGAGGCCGGGUUGAUGAUACGCAACAACUUAUAACACCUGGAUUAAUUAUAAAUGCAAAGCCAGGAGAUCCAUUUAUGGAAGAAGAGAUUUUUGGUCCAAUACUUCCAAUUGUGCCAGUGAGAAGUGCUGAUGAAGCAAUUGAUCUCAUCAACAGUUAUGAGAAGCCACUUGCUUUAUAUUUAUUCAGUAAAGAUAAAAGGUUAAUACAGCAGUUUCUGACAGAAACUUCUAGUGGAGGUGUAUGCAUCAAUGACACUGUGGUUCACACAGCACUUAACACUCUUCCAUUUGGGGGAGUUGGCCACAGUGGUAUGGGUUACUACCAUGGAAAAUUCUCCUUUGAUAACUUCAGUCACCAUAAAUCAGUCAUGUGGAAAUCUAUGGCCCUUGAAUCAGUUAACUCAAUUCGUUAUCCUCCAUAUAAUGAGCGAAACUAUCGAAGAUUGCAGUGGGUGCUCAGGAAAUCUCUCAAAAGAGGACACUGAUCAUUAACAAGAACAGAAGCAUAAAUUCAAGAGGAUCUAUGUUAAGAAUGAAAUUUAAUUUUUCAAUGUUUAAUAAUCCUUUUAAUUUAUUAAUCUGUUUUAUCUAUUUUCAAAUCCCUAUUGAGAGAUUAUUAUAAGCUUCCUUCUAUCAAUUAUUUUUAUAUACAUAUAGUCCAAGAAAAAUGUUUAGGGAUUUUCAAGGCUCUUGUUGACUGAGACACAAGAACAAAGUCGGACGAAAUGCCGCUAGGCUAAUUGUUCUGCUAACAAGUGAUUGAUGUUGAAUUUGGAUAUUCUUCUGUUAAUUUGUAUCUUACUAGUAAAUUGCAAUACCAUUUCUACCAACUUUCGAAUAUAAAUCCUGGCAUAUCAAAUUCUUAUAGAACAGAACAAAAGUAGUAUUAAAAUCAGAUUCAGGACGUUUUAUACAGAAUGAUUUAAGAGAUUGUCAUAAGAAAAGGGUUAAAAUAUAUAAUAGCUUUGAUGGAUUAAGGUGCUUGAUACUAAAAAUAAAAGCUUCAGGCCUUACCAAAGGCACUAUCUUAUAAAUCUGGACAAAGUAUCUUGGUUCAUUUCAGUUAGAAAAGAGAUAGGAUUACCUUGUAAAAUACAAAAGAAACUAAAAAGUAUCUAUAAAAUACCUUAUUACUAUAUUUUUCUCAAGCAAUUCUUAUCAACAACAAGGUUAAUAUUCAAGGUGUGCUACUAACACAUUUCUACAUUAUUUUUAUCUGGUCCAUAUUUUUUAUAUUUUUAUAAAGUAUAUUUCAAAUGACAAGACAUAACUUUUGUUGGUCUCAUCUAUCUUAAUGGUUGAGGUGUACUUUUCUGCUAACCAAAUAUCAUGGGCAGAAAUUAAAGAGGCACAUCCCUAAAUCAAUACAUUUAAUUAGUUUGAGAAAUAUUCAAGCUAGUAAAUCUAUUUAAUCAGACUUGUAGGAGAAAAAUCAAUAUUGGUUAAUUAAUUGACUAUCAUUUCAAUGUACACUUUUAUUUU